AUGUACCAUCAAAGUGAUCAGAAAAAUAAUGCCGUAGUGUUGGACGUUAUUCCGCCUCAUUAUAAUUUGCAUCAUGGACAAACAAGUCCAUCACAUUCUCCAAAUCAACAGUACAGCAAAGACUGUUCCAGUCCAGUAAGUCACGAUAUUAAAACUGGUACUCCAACAAGUCCUUCAGCCGUAUCAGAUCCUAAUAUUAGACGAUACCGAACAGCUUUCACAAGAGAACAACUAGCUCGAUUGGAGAAAGAAUUCUAUAAAGAGAAUUAUGUCUCCAGACCAAGACGAUGUGAACUGGCAGCUCAGUUGAAUUUACCAGAGAGUACUAUUAAGGUGUGGUUUCAAAACAGACGGAUGAAAGACAAACGUCAACGUAUGGCAAUAGCAUGGCCGUACGCAGCAGUGUACACAGAUCCAGCUUUCGCUGCGUCUCUUUUACAAGCAGCUGCUUCAUCUCUACCUCUACACUAUCCACCACCGCCACCAGUAUAUACACCUCAUUAUCCUAGAUACCACCCAUAUCCCAGCUUUGGAAUACCAGCUCUGGCCACUCAUCCCUUAGGUGUUCAACAGAACGUUGGAGUUGGCGGUGCACCUAUUCCACAACAGAUGCACCACGCUCAAGGAUUGAACCUCAACCUGAACUUCGAUUUUCCUCAGGCCUACCAAUCGCAGCAGCCAAAGAUCUCACCUCACUCACCCGUACAGUCUGAUAUUAGUCUCAGCCCGCCUACCCACGAAGGACUUCUUAUACAAGCUCCGAAGGUUUCACCUCAGACACACGUACCGGUUGGUGAAAAACCUAAAUUAUUUAAGCCUUAUAAAUCUGAAGUUUAAUCUCAUAUUUCUAUUUAUAUUAUUUUGUGAUCUUCGUGGUAAUUUUUAGUUAUUAUUGAAUGAGGCAUCUAA